GCCGAUAAAGUGUUAAGCUCCAUUUAUAAGGGGUGUAAAUAUGAGCAGGGGUGUAAGCAAGAACUUCGUAUCCUGCUGCGCUUCUCUGAACUCAUUCGAAGCCGUGGUGUAGCUCGCAAGCGGCUGUCAUUUUUUCAUGACCAUUCAAUAAAAUAAAAAUCCGACUCGGAGGAUUACAGGGGGGAAAUAAGGCUCAGGUGCAACAUAUACAGGAUCAGCAUUUAUCAUUUAGGUGUUUUGAGCAACAUCCGUUCUCCAUGGCCGUUUCAAAGUCUAAAAUAACCAUAGGACUUUCAGUUGUCGGAGCUUUAGCGGUUGUUUUCGGGACUAUUCUUGUAUUUGUUGGACCACUUAUUAUCGACGAUCAAAUAAUUAAGAAUGUAGAAAUCAACCCGAAAAAUACUCUCUCCUACACUAUGUGGAAAGACAUUCCUGUACCAUUCUUUAUGUCUGUAUAUUGGUUCAAUGUUCUCAACCCUGAAGAGAUACUGGCAGGAGAGAAGCCCAUGGUUGAGCAAAGAGGUCCAUAUGUGUACAGUGAGAAGCGUUGGAAAGACAAUAUCACCUUUUAUGACAACAAAACAGUGUCUUAUCGUGAAUACCGACGAUAUUUCUUUGAGGAGAGCAUGUCUGUAGGCAACGAGUCUGAUGUGGUCACCAUCCCAAACGUUCUGGUGCUAGGAGCAUCAGUGAUGAUGGAGUUUUUGCCCGUUCAAGUUAGGAGAAUGAUAAGUUCCACUUUUACAUCUUUUAAAGAGGGCCCCUUUGUGACAAAAACAGUAGGCGAGCUUAUGUGGGGCUAUGAAAGCAAGAUGUUGAACUUUCUUAACACCAUUCUCCCUGGCAUGAUGCCAUUUAAAGGGAAGUUUGGACUAUUUGUUGAGUUUAACAACUCCAACACUGGGCUAUUUACUGUCUUCACGGGUCAGGAUAACAUCAGGGUAGUUCACAAAGUUGAUUCCUGGAAUGGUUUAAAGAAAGUAAACUACUGGAAAUCAGAGCAGUGUAACAUGAUCAAUGGUACAGCAGGGCAGAUGUGGCCACCAUUCAUGACCACAGAAUCCACUUUGCCAUUUUACAGUCCAGAUGCUUGCAGGUCAAUGGAGCUGGUGUAUCAGAGAUCUGGAACUUCACAAGGAGUCCCUGUAUAUCGUUUUGUGGCUCCAAAAACACUCUUUGCCAAUGGCUCUGAUUAUCCUCCAAAUGAAGGCUUCUGUCCAUGUAGAGAGUCAGGUCUUCUUUAUGUUGGCACUUGCAGGCACAACUCCCCUGUGUACAUUUCCCAGCCACAUUUCUACAAUGCUGAUCCUGCCCUUAUGCAUACUGUAAAUGGGCUUAACCCCAACGAGCAUGACCAUGGGCUCUUCAUUGACAUGCAUCCAAACACUGGAGUUCCUAUGAAUGUGUCCAUCAAGCUGCAACUUAACCUGUUAAUAAAGCAGGUAUUAGGAAUAUCGCAAACUGGUAAAAUAAAUGAAGUAGUGCUGCCCCUGCUUUGGUUUGGUGAGAGUGGCUACAUUGAUGGUCCUGUGCUCAAAACGUUCCGUAUGAACCUUGUAAUUUUACCAAUGGUGAUGGAGUAUAUGCAGUACAUCUUUAUUGCACUUGGACUGAGCUGUAUCAUAGGAACAGUGGCUCUGCACCUUAGUAAGAAGAUAGAAAAAAAACAGGGGACAGUUGAUCUCACAGAAGACAAAAGGGGAAGCAAUACAGACAUAAACCAUGGCCCUGCUCACAGCGAAAAGUAUAUUGAAAAAGAUACAAAUUAGGAUUUUACAGAAUGGUGCAGAAGUGAACCCAAGAUAUGUGGACAAUGAAACUCAAUUUGUACUGAUCAGGAAUUACAGCACUUCCCAAUAAUUAUUUUUACUGAAUUUCUUUGGCCUUAGAAUUAAAAAUAACAGGAAACUGAAGAUGGUGUUUGUAUUUGUGUAUGUUGGUGUGAGAGCAGCUUAAUCACAACUUUAAAAAAUUGGAAUUAGUUUAUAGCACUGUGGGUUUUUUUGUUUGUUUUUGUUAAAUUUUUAAUGUCUCUGUUCUGGCAUUUUCUUUGCAUGGGGUUUAAGUACAUUUAAAAGAUUUUUGCUAAAUCUUCAAAAGCUAUCUAUUGCUGUAUUAAUGCUUUUACAUACAAAAAUCUGUAAAAUAGUUUUAGACCAAGUACACUCCUUCAUAUCAUCUGUAUUCCCUGGCAGUGCAAAAUUAGUUACGGAAUGGUUUGAGGAAGAUAGAGUUCAUGUUUACUUUAGACUUUACCUUCACAUUUCAUAGAUCUCAAUCUGAUUGAGCAUUUCUGGAAUGUGCUGAAAUAAACAGAGAGAAAUAAACAAACUUUAAAAUUAA